AUGCCGUCUCUUUCCUUACCACCAUUUCCUGCUCAAAACUCCCGAGAAUGCCCUAUAAAUCCUCUCUCCCUUCGUUCAAGCUUGCAGCCCGUUGAUCUUUCGAGAGAGACAGAAGCGAACCGGGAAGUAGGCGCAAGCGCAUUUCUUGCGAAGGCGAGACAGAGAAAGUAAUCGAUGGAGUUAUCGGCCUCCUAUUUGUCCCGCGGCGCCGCUAGCUUCUUCACCCAAGCCAAUGCUCUCCACCGCAAGAACCUCACCUUCCAGAAGCUAAACCUGAAGACCAACAUCGAGAUCGUCGCGUUCCCCAUCUUCCUCUGCGCGGUGAUCUUCGUCAUCCAGAAUGUGGUGGAGGACGAGAUGAACAAGGACGGGCAUCGAUACGGGUGCCAGGGAGGGGUCUGCUCCAGCCUCUUCGAGUGGCCGGCGCUCCUCCAAGUUCCUGGCCCCGAGUCUCGCGCAGUGACAUCCGAUCACCCCACCCCCGCGGGCUUGCCCGAUGAGUCUUGCAAGGUCUCGCAGUCCUGUCCGGCGUUGGUACUUUUCACCGGCGGCAAUCAAUCCUUCGCACAAAUUCUGGCGCAGAGUCUGCUUCUGAGUUCUUCCUCCGCAUUGAACCUCUUGGAUUUCCCCAGCAGUUUGUCUACUGUCAUGCUUGGGACCGACACAUCAACGGGAAACACACAGUUCAUGGAGCCUGCUUUUGUCUCUGAUAGACCCUUAAAUCUGAUCCAACCACAGUGUACAUCAAAUGCGAGAAGUCCAAUUUCCAUUAAAAUUGCCAACAGAUCAAUUGAGCUAGCCUAUGACUUCUUGAACUCUGAUGAAAACUCUUUUAAUCUAAAUAUAGGGUACAACUCAACGUGUAAUGAUGGCAAUGGUUAUCUGGUGCGUGUGCCUCACUCGGUGAAUCUGGCCUCAAAUGCCUAUCUGAAGUUUCACGAUGGUCCUGUUGUCAUGGCAGUGCUAUAUCUAAAAGAAAUGCCCAAAACUGGAACACAGUCGAGGUUUGACAUUUCUUCUCUUCUCAGUGCGUUAUUCUUCACAUGGAUCAUUGAGCUACUUUUCCCGGUCAUCUUGACAUACCUUGUCCACGAGAGGCAACAAAAGUUAAACAUUAUGAUGGAAAUGCAUGGGCUAAGGGAUGGACCUUACUGGUUGAUAUCUUACGUCUACUUUUUCUCACUAUCAUCACUCUACAUGAUAUGUUCUGUAAUAUUUGGCUCUCUAAUAGGGCUAAAAUUUUUCAGAUUGAGUGACUACAGCGUACAAAUCGUGUUCUAUUUCUUUUACAUAAACUUGCAGAUAGCGAUGGCCUUUCUCGCAUCACCUUUCUUUUCUGCCGUGAAAACUGCUACAGUCACUGGGUACAUUUAUGUGUUUGGUUCCGGCUUAUUAGGACCAUACCUUUUGCAAUCUUUCAUCGAAGAUACUAGCUUUCCAAGAGCUUGGAUUAUAAUGAUGGAGCUCAUUCCUGGAUUUUCCUUGUAUCGUGGGUUAUAUGAGCUUUCACAGUAUUCCUUUAAAGGAUAUCAAAUGGGGACUUCUGGCAUGCAAUGGGGAGACUUAAAUGACAGGCAAAAUGGGAUGAAAGAUGUGUUGAUCAUAAUGUUUGUUGAGUGGCUAGUAUUUCUUCUAGUUGCAUUCUAUUUGGAUCAGGUAUUAGGAGGAAUCAGGAAGGUUCCACUAUUUUUGUUAAACUAUUUCCAGAAAAAAUCUCCAUCAUCUCAAAGAAACCGUAGUUUGCGGCGACGAGGAUUCGGAGUUCCUGUUGAAACGGAGAGUAGUGAUGUUUCUCAGGAAGUAAGUUGCAUUACUUUUCAGAGCUAUUGUAAACUUGACUGA